AGAGAGAGAGAGAGAGAGAGAGAGAGAGAGAGAGAGAGAGAGAGAGAGAGACAUUUGUCUUCAUAUGGGACACAGGACUCACUGACAGAGACACUCUGCUCUGUCCACAGUGCUGCAGACAGUAAAAGAUGAACAAUGAGUCGUACAAUGGGAUUAUUCAAUUCUGCUCUCGGAAGAAACAUCACCUUUGUUCGUCCUCCAUAUUUCAUCAUAAGUGGCUUUUCUGACAUACCUAACAUAAACUAUUACUAUGUCUUUCUCUUUUUUGUUUAUAUUGUGUCAGUGUUGGGAAACACAGCUGUGAUGGCUGUAAUAUUGUUGGACCAAAAUCUAAGAACUCCAAAAUAUGUUGCAGUUUUUAAUCUUGCAUGGACAGACCUGCUUGGUAGCACUGUUCAGGUACCAAAGGUUCUUGACAUAUUUGUGUUUAAUCAGCGCCUCAUCUCCUAUAAUGACUGCAUGGCAUUUAUUUUAUUCUCCUACACGUGUCUUUCUAUGCAGUCUCUUAAUCUGGUUGUUCUCUCCUAUGACAGACUGAUAGUGAUCACCUUCCCACUGCACUAUCACAUGAAGGUCACACACAGGUUCAUGUUUUCUUUGAUUGCCUUUUUCUGGGUUUUAACAAUAACUGCUGUGCUCAUUGCUGUGAGUCUUCUCACAACACUUUCCAUCUGUAAGUCAGUGAUUAUUAACAGUUAUUUCUGUGAUUAUGUCAAAAUAUACAUGCUGGCCUGCAAUGACUACACCCCUGCCCAUGUGACUGCUCAUCUGUUUACAGUUCUUAUGAUUUGGUUUCCACUGAUAUUUAUCUUGUUCAGUUACUCAUAUAUUAGCUACACUUUGACUAAAAUAACAUCAAUUCAGGAAAAAGUAAAAACUUUUAAAACCUGUAGUGCUCACCUUUCAUUAGUCGUAAUCUAUUUCCUCCCUACUGUUGGAAAACACUUACAUCCGAAUGGCAGAAUUAUAAAUCUGUCCCUGAGCUCUGUCAUUCCACCCAUGGUAAACCCAUUUAUAUAUGUUCUACAGACACAAGAAAUCAAAAAAUCUAUUAAAAAGUUGUUAAAAUAA